UAUUGGACGGCAUGCAAGUAACAAAAAUACUGGUUGGAUUCUUCACAGUGUAGGCCGUUAAAGCAAAGAUGGUGGAGGACAUGACAAGAUGGAAAUGUUAGUUUGUUUACAAGUCAACGGAGAACGGCUUGAACUUUGGGUUUGGGCCGCAGCCAUGGUGUGCAUUCCUUGCAUUGUCAUUCCUGUACUGCUCUGGGUUUAUAAGAGAUUUCUCGAACCCAUCAUUUACCCCUUCAUCUCCCCAAUCAUAAACCGAUUCUGGACAAAAAAAGCAGUCCAGGAGAGUGGAACAGGUGAUGCAACAGCUAAGGAGAACUGCAACGGGACAUGCAAGACUGAAUGCAAUGGGAAUGUUAAUAGUUCUACCACCAAUGGACCAACUACAGUUUCGGAUAAGAAGACGGACUGACAUUGCAAGGGACAGCUUUGAAAGCAGUGGAGAUAUUCCAUUUUGUGAUUAUCUGGAUUAUUUACUGUGAUUUCAAAUAUUUUUUUAAAUGGAAUAUUUAAAAAUUAAAUUGAGGAUAACAGGAGUUGUCAUGCUUCUAUACAAUUAAUUCCUGCAGUAGACCAUCUAGAAACAUACAACCUGAAUUUUUAUUGUCAUUUGUUUUAGAAUUUAUUCCAUUUUAAAUUGUAUUGUAAUUAGAAAAUAUGUAAUAUAUUGAUGAGUUUCUGGCUUCAGGACUUUCCUACACGUCUUUGUCUUGUCUUCAUUAGUCAAAUUCCAUAAUUCAACUUGUAAUUUUUAUUUUAAUUACAGUUUCCAUAUAUGUAAUACAUCUUUAUUCUUACCUUGUAGAUGUUGUUAUAUAUAUUUUGACUUGUAAAUAAUAAAUGUCAAUCUAAACACUCUUUA